UGGCUGCUGGUGGCAGACUCAUGUAGCGGCGACAUGUCUCAAGUGAAACACUCCGACCCGGCGGCCGCGGACAAGCCAGACCGCAGACGAGGCGCGGCGGGCCGAGCGGCUGCGCUGCGGCGCGCGCCGUCCGACUCCGACUGCUCCGGCGAGACCGCCUCGCUGUCCGCCGACAGCGGCGAGCGCCGCCCGCCGCCGCCGCCGCCGAGAGGGAAGACUAGGAACCGGCGGCGUGGCAGCGAAUGGGAGGUGCUUGAGGGUCUGAAGGACGGGCAGCGCUUUGAGCGGCGGCCGGAGGUGUUCAACGGGUUCCUGCAUAAAAAGAGGAAGUGGCCUUUGAAGGGAUGGCACAAGCGUUUCUUCGUAGUAGACGGCGGCAUACUAGUGUACGCGCGCUCACCCACCGACGUGGCGCGCGGCCGCCUGCACGGCUCUCUGGACGUCGGUCUGUCUGUCAUCUCGGCUAAACCACGGAGGCGAAGAAUUGACAUCGAUGCCGAUGAAUUCAUAUACCAUCUCAGGGCUAAGACACCUGAUGUCUUCAGGACAUGGCUGAAUGUUUUAAAGGCGCAUCGGUUAUACCGCCAGCACCUCCUGACGUUCGGCGCCCGCGAGUCGGUGCCCAAGAUACACGCGCCGCUCGACGACUUGCCGCCCACCGACGCCUCGUCUCGCACAUCCCAGUCCUCUUCAGAAUCCUUCUCAAGCCUUACCUUAUCCCAAACCAAUCCCAAGACCUUAUCUAUAUCUUCGAUCUAUGAAAAAAAGACACAGUGGAGAACAGACAGCCUUAUACCUUACCAAAGUUCAGGUUUUUUAAAAUCGAUGAGUUCGGAUAUAGAUCCAAAUAUAAGUGGCAGUCUCUGUUCUACGCACUGUAUUAAAAAGGGAGAGAAUAUAACAGUACCUAAAGCUUCGAGUAUACAUGAACAACAAAUGCAUAGUACGGAUCUAGAUUUGAAAACUCUUAAUAGUAAUACAGAAGAUUCUGUUAGCGAAUUGAAAAUGAAAUCUAAUUUAGAAACUUUAAGUAAUGGUAGCUCGAAGAAAAAAGCAAAUUCUAAAUCAAGAAAUGAAAAACUACAAAUUAAUAUAAAUAGAACUUCACAUAAUGCUAACAGAAAAUCACCCGUAUGGUUUGAUAAUAAAGAUCAAACUGCAUUAUUCUGUUUUCCACGUAAACGUCAAAACACAGCUAGAAAUGAGGAGGAGUGGACUAUGCAGAAAAGUAGAAAGUGUACUAAUCUAGUCAAAUAUAGGAAUGCCGGGGAAGAACCACCUUUAACUAAACCGUUGUUAAGACAAAUGUUACUUUGGAAAUAUAAACAAAAUUUAGGAACUCGCAAUGUACAAGAUAAAAGUAUUACUUGUGAUUCGGCUAAUGAUGAUGAUGAUAAAACUGAUAAAUCCACACAAGAUGACGUUACUGCAUCGGAGUUUGAUCGUAUUUGUGAAAAACUAAUAUUUAAUCUAUUUGAGGAUAAUAAUACCAAUAUAAACGGGAAGGAGAAAUCAAGCAUUUAUGUCAACCUCGUGGUAAAAGAACUUUAUGAUCUCAAAUUGAAUGAAAGCGAGAAACAUCCCUUGAAAAUGUUAUUCAAAUCUCUUUUACAAUAUUUCUUGAAAAACACUGAAGGUAAACUUAAAGGCAGUAUUAAACGAGAUAUAGCUACCAGUAAACCAUCUAUAACGUAUUUCACUAGAGAUAAAGAAGUUUCCAACAUUCAUAAUAAUCCUAAAGAAACCGGAUCUUGUAAAUGUACAAAAAACCCACAAGAUGUGGAAAAUUUUAUUAAUAGUACCAUAUACGCUUGUGCAAAUGACCAUACUAUGCACGGUAGGUUGGUCAAAGGUAGAAGCAAAGAGACUGACAUUGCUAUAACAAAAGCGCUGAUUGAUAACCUUGAUGCAUCAACUAUAAUUCACGAUAUUAAUGAAAACCAAACGGACACUUCAGAACUGCCACGGUUACAACAAUAUUUUAAACGUAUCUUGAGCGAAACAGCGAUACCAAAGCCUAUAGCAAAAGAUUUUCUAAACGCAUAUCUAGAUGUACUCAAUCAUCCGAGCAGAAGUGAUACAAGUAUUGAAUCUGAGAUUUCGAGAGGUUCAAACGUUGAAUGUGAGCCAAUAUGCGAUAUCCAAACCGAAUGUGUGCAAAAUAAAAUUUCUCAAUGUGUUUCCACUUGUCAAAAUGCAUUUGUUGGUGAUACUAUACAUAUUGCUGCAGGUGAAGAACCAAUGAACUUUAAGGAUAUAAUUGAUAAAAUGUUGAGUUUCUUUUACAAUAAACUUGACGAGACACGUGAAGAUGACAAUACUGACAAUACAAGAACAUAUAGAAAUGAACUGAAAAGUCAAGACCUCAACACCAAGCCCAUUAGAUCUGGGACCUUGAAUUCUAAUAAAAUAGAAAUAGACUUGUCAAAUUAUAACAUUGACAAUAUUUAUCUGACCAACAACUCAUUAGGACCGACAUGUGUAACAAUAAAUUUAAAAGAAAACACACCGGAUUCAAACGAGUCGAAGCUUAUGAAAUCGACUUCAAGAGUUUGUAACGAGAAUUUAGCCGGAACAUCUGACAAAAUAAAAUCUGUGUCUAAUAGUACAAGCCGCGGUUCCUUGAAGUCUAACAAUAUUUUAAAGGAUGAAUAUACUAAACAUUCUCAAGUACCUAAUAAAGAAGAUGUACACACAUGUCCCACAUCCAGCGGAGCAACGUCAAAAGCGAACUUGCGUGAUGAUAACCUUGACAUGACUAGAAAUAAUGAUAAUAGAGUUACUAAAGAAAUGCCUAUUCCAAGUCAUAAACGAAAUACUCAAUGUUUUUUUCUUUCUUCUAUCAAAGCAAACGUGCCUAUAACACAUGAUGAAAUAAAGAAAAUUAAAGAUUCGCACGUUUUCGUACCAGGCCGCUUUUCCGCGCAAGUUUUAAAGCACAAAACUGAAAAUGCGUAUUUCAUUAUGCGCAUUUUGGAACACUUGAUACGUCUUUCUAAGGAUUUUCCCGAUAUCAAUAAAUAUAUCAACAGCGCAUAUUUUAAAAUAAAGAAGACUUUUGAAAAAGAGACUUAUGAUCUUCUGGGACGCGAUCUCCUUCGUAAAAAUUAUAGAAAAGAAAACAGUCGAAAAUCAAUAAACGAUGAUCAGAUAUUAGAUUCAUCAAUGUCUAAUCAAAUUACACAUAUUCAUAGAAAAGCAAUUGAAGUCGCAGUUAAUACAAGCUUUAUAUUUCCUAGUUUAAAAAUGAGCAAAGACGAAGCACUUAGCGUAAUAGUUCUUGCAGAAGCAUUGGCUAAUAUUGCAGUUCAAACUCUGUCAAUAGAUUACGAAGUUAAAGAAGAAUUAAGGAUCGAUGUAAAAGAAGAAUGGUUUAAAACACUAACGCAAAAAUAUGUUAAGAAUAAUGCAAUCAAAUGCAUGCUGAAAAAGAUCCACGACAUACCUCAAAGUAUAAGGAUAGCCCAUCCGAUCAGAGCGAGGAUGCCGCUUUCAAAUUCUUCAACAAUGUUUACGGAAUUAUCAAAUGUAUCCCCUCCGCUUACAGUCUGUAGCUCACAGAAACAGAAAGAACAGCGUAUUAGGGGGAUUAAUAUACAACAGUUGUAUACGCGCCCGAAAAAACUUGUACGGUCUGUGUCUAUGACUGAUUCUAGCGAUAAUAUAGGUAAUACUAUGAGCGCGGAUUUGAAAACUAUAUACAGAUGUACUAGCGAACCUUCCCAUUGUUCAGGGCUGAUUAGCCCUAACGGCGGCACCAUCCGCGGCCCGCAGGCCGGUUUCGUGUCGGGCACCCCUGGCGGCCGACUGGCGGGUUGGAUUGUUGAAUCCGGCGGUCCGCUGGAGAGCGCGUCUCGUGAGCUGGGGCAAGCACAGCUGUCCGUCCAGCAACUCCAGCGCCUGCUGGACGCCAUGCUGGAGAUACAGAACAUGCACCAUCACGACACAGAUCAGGUGUCACUAGAGGGCGCCUCGCCGAACGUCAAGAAGGACCGCCGCAAGUUCGGCCUCCGCAAGAAGAAGUCCAACAGCAAAUGCGCGUCGGUGGAACUCGCGCCGCUCCACGUUGACGGAUCUAGCUCGCAUAUGGCCCUCUCAGCUCUCACGGCGCCACCGUCGCCGGGCGGAGGCGCGUCGUCUAUGCCCAACUCGGCAGCCAGUCUUCCCAUAGUGAACACAAAAAACCUACAAUCCCAAUCCCGAAUCCUGUCCUGAAGAACUAACCUGCCCAAAAUUAUCUGAACAUGAAGUGACUCAGUUUUGUUUUUGUAAUUGUUUGUUUUUAAAUUGUAACGGAAUCGUGUAAGUUAUUUAUUGUCCAAAUAAAAUUUGA